AUGUCCCUUAAGAUAGAACCUGGAUUAUUAGAAGAAAACAAUGGCAUAAAAGUUUCAACAUCAAUGACACAAGGGGAGCGUAAACGAAUCCAAACAGAGGCCGAUACAAGAUCCAUUUUUGUGAGCAACGUAAACAGAGACAUAGCUCCUGAUAAUAUAGAGGAACAUUUCGGAGAAUGUGGAUUUAUAGAGAGAAUUACUGUAGUCAGUGACACACACCAUAGAGACCUUGCGCAUGCUUAUAUUGAAUUUGAUUCCAUAGAGAGUAUGACAAGAGCCCUUGCUUUGAACAAAUCGGAGUUUGGAGGUAAAGUUAUCACAGUUGCCAAAAAAAGAACGAACAUUCAUUCUCAUAAGAAGUUUUCAACAACAACAAGGAAACAAGCCAAUAAGGAAACUUGA